GUCGAGCCAUCAUCCUGCCUCUAUUCCAGUUCAUCCACCUCCUCCUCACGCCUCUCCUCUCCGCCCUCCUCUCUCUCCUCAAGCUCCCCCUACAGCUGUUCCGCCUGCUGCUGCAGCUCGCCACCUUCCUCUACUCCACCUUUUCACACUCACUCUCCCACUCCCUCACGCUCUCCCUCGCCUCCUCCCUCAAAGCCCUCUCCCUUCACUUCACACACCUCUCCAAUACGCUCUUGCUUCACCUUGUAUACCUUUCUAAAACCCUUGUGCAACCUAUCACAUACUCCAUAAAAGCUUUCUCUUUCACCUUCGCAUACGGCUAUAAAUCUGUGGCAAAUAGCUUCUCCUAUAUCUCCAAGACCGUCUCCUCUUCGCUGCGAUUGGUCGUUGGGGCUCGAAAGCUAGGCUCGGCAACCAAGGCAGUGGGACAGCAGAUCUCCGCUGCAGGUUCGGCAGUGGGGCAAGUUUCCUCGGCUGCAGGUUCGGCGGUGGUUCGGUCGUCUUCCUCAUCCCUGCUGCAAAUGUGGCAUAACCUCUUCCAGAAGCUGUUCCGAGCCAUCAUGUGGAUCUUCAAGGGCGUGGGCUCCUUUGUAGCUGCUGCCAACAGACACCGCCUCAGCACGCGGCACUAUGUGCUGUCCCAGGCGCGCAAGCUGCAAGCCCGGGCUCUUCAAGCUGCUCAGCACGCCCAGUCAACAUUGAUCAAGUACGGCCGCAAGCUGCUUGCUCCCCGACCCAUUCCCACCGCACCUCGAGAAGUUGCGGCUUCACCUCGAGAGAUUCUUGAUGUUGCCGCACCAGCAGCGAGCGCACCAGCAUUGACUGCAGGGGGAGGGGUCGUUGCCACUCAUGACGGGGCUGAGGAGGAGUACUGGGAUGCGCUAGAGGGCAUCUCUGAGAAAGAACCUGAGGAGGGUUGUGAGGAGCAAUCGGAUUCGGAAUGGGACAAGUUUGAGGAGGAAGAUGAUGCAGAAUGGGACAGGAAUGAGGAGGAAGAUGAUGUGGAGGAUGAGCAGAGCGAGGAGGAUAAGGAGGAUGAGGGGGGUAAGGAGGGUUAUGGAGAUCUCCAGGAGGAGGGGGAGGAGGAGGAGGAAGAGGAGGUGUUUGAGGAUGCUCAGAGCGAUGCAUUCGAAUAUCCCCCCUAUGGAGAGGCCUGGGAUGAUUAG